GACUCACCACCCCUGACCUGAAGGGGGUGUCACCCUGAGGUGCUGGGCCCGGUACUUCUACCCUGAGGAGAUCACCCUGACCUGGGAGCGGGAGGGAGAGGACCUGACCCAGGACAUGGAGCUUGUGGAGACCAGGCCUUCAGGGGAUGGAAGCUUCCAGAAGUGGGCUGCUGUGGUGGUGCCUUCUGGAGAGGAGCAGAAAUACACAUGCCACGUGCAGCAUGAAGGGCUGCCUGAGCCACUCACCGUGAGAUGGGAACCACCUCAGUCCCCCAUCCUCAUCAUAGCAGUGGUCACUGUCCUUGUGGUUCUCUUGGUCACUGGAGCUGCGGUUAUUGUGAGGAGGAGGAGGAAAUCAGGUAGGCCGGGUCAGGCUCCCAGUCUUCUCUUUGAGCCCAUUUGCAAGUGUGCCCUGGGUCCCUGAGGGGAAGCAGUGUCC